AUGAUAUCGCCAGUAAUGCUUGCACUUUACCAGUUUUGUUCUGGCAUGUCGAGCGAAAUUGGAGAUGUAGACAACACUUUUCAUUAUUACCAACAGACAUAUAAUUUAAUUGAAAGUAUCAUCAAUUGGGAUAAUUCAAACAUAGAAUUUUGGCUCAUCAUAUCAGAACCAACAUCGCCAUCCGAUCCCGAAAUUAAAUGUAAAUUUUUGGAUAAUGUUAUACCGAAACUACUCACCCGUUCAACGAACGUAAGUUUUACAGACACGAGAAAUUUUGCUGCGUUAUUCUUUACUGAUAACAAUAACGAUGAGAAGCAACUAAAUAUGAGUUUAAAACUUCCACCGGAUGUGAUUAAAAUAUAUUUGAACCACAAUGGUUGUCAAUUGGAUGAAGCAAAGCUUGCAGACAUUGUGGACAUUCUAUGGGCUUCAGCAGAAAUUAGUUUCAUUUAUUACAUUUCAUUCUGCAAUUGCAGCAUCACCGACAAUUACGGAUCUGUUGAUGAUGUUCGUCGACGACCACACAAAGAUAUUCACGGUUGCAUCAUCAAUUUAUUUUAUCAUCAACCAUUUGUAAGGAACAAAUCUGGACAAUGGGGCGUACUAACCAAAAUGCCUUUGAUAAAUGAACAAGAGGGUGUAGAACGACAAUUGAUAAAUACGAGCAGUCAAGCAUUUCAUUAUUUUCCUUUUCAACGAAAGCACAAUUUGAACUUUAAUCAAAUGAAUAUGACAGUAAUUUUGUUCGAGUCUGCGAAUGCUUAUCUGAAGCAGGAAAUGAACAUAUUUCGAUAUAAAUUAUCAGCAAGUAUUCUCGAGAAUCCUCAUUAUCUUCUCGAUGCAUAUUUUGGAAUGGAUGCUGAACUUUUAAGAAUGCUUAAAACCACAUUAAAUUUCACAGUAAAUAUUUCACCAACAUCGGAUCGUCAGCUUUAUGGCUUCAGGAAGAAGCACAUCCUAAAUAAGCAUAAACAUGAACAAGUUCAAAGUCAUGCAGCUAACAAAUUUUAA